UCUUUUCAGGAGGCUGAUUCUGAAUACUCUGUGUUUCAGGCUGCGUGGAGCCUAAAAACACGAGCUUUAACAGAGAUGGUGUAUGUGGAUGAAAUCGAAGUGGAUCAGGAAGGAAUAGCAGAGAUGAUGCUUGAUGAAAAUGCUGUUGCUCAAGUUGCACGACCAGGAACAUCUUUGAAAGUCCCUGGAACUAGCCAAGGUGGAGGUCCCAGCCCAGCUGUUAGGCCAGUAACUCAGUCAGGAAGACCUAUUACAGGAUUUGUGAGACCCAGCACGCAGAGUGGACGGCCAGGUACUAUGGAACAGGCUAUAAAAACACCUCGAACGGCGCACACAGCGCGUCCGAUUACUAGCGCUUCUGGGAGUUACCCCAGGCUGGGAACGGCCUCAAUGCUGACAAAUCCAGAUGGCCCUUUCAUAAAUAUGUCUCGACUUAAUUUAGCAAAAUAUGCUCAUAAACCCAAACUGGCAAAGGCAUUGUUUGAAUAUAUUUUUCACCAUGAAAAUGACAUUAAAAAUGCUCUAGAUUUGGCAGCCCUUGCCACUGAGCAUGCACAGUUCAAGGACUGGUGGUGGAAAGUCCAAAUUGGGAAGUGCUAUUAUAGGUUAGGAUUGUAUCGAGAAGCUGAAAAACAAUUUAAGUCGGCUCUCAAGCAACAGGAUAUGAUUGACACUAUCUUGUAUUUGGCAAAAGUAUAUUUGCGCUUGGAUCAGCCUGUAACAGCUUUAAACCUUUUCAAGCAAGGUUUAGACCGAUUUCCUGGGGAAGUGGCUCUUCUUUGUGGGAUUGCCAGGAUCUAUGAGGAAAUGAACAAUAUCUCUUCAGCUGCAGAGUACUACAAAGAUGUGUUAAAACAGGACAAUACUCACGUGGAAGCCAUUGCAUGUAUUGGCAGUAACCACUUUUAUUCAGACCAGCCCGAGAUAGCGCUGCGGUUUUAUAGACGGCUCCUGCAGAUGGGUAUUUACAACUGUCAGCUUUUUAACAAUCUUGGCCUCUGUUGCUUUUAUGCCCAGCAAUAUGAUAUGACACUAACUUCAUUUGAACGUGCACUUUCUUUGGCUGAAAAUGAAGAGGAGACAGCAGAUGUGUGGUACAACUUGGGACAUCUUGCUGUGGGGAUAGGAGAUGUGAAUCUGGCGUACCAGUGUUUCAAGCUAACAUUGGUUAACAACAAUGACCACGCAGAGGCUUACAACAACUUGGCUGUGCUGGAAAUGAGAAAAGGUCACAUUGAGCAGGCAAGAGCUUUGCUACAGACUGCUUCAUCUUUAGCACCUCAUAUGUAUGAGCCGCAUUUUAAUUUUGCAACACUUUCAGAGAAGAUUGGCGAUCUUCAAAGGAGUUACACAGCUGCCCAGAAGUCAGAGGAAGCGUUUCCAGGCCACGUUGAUACACAGCAGCUUCUCAAACAGUUAAGAGAGCACUUUGCUAUGCUUUGAUGACAUUUUUUAUUAUGUAAAAGCAGUUCAAAAUCA